CCGUCUCGCAGGAACAACCGAGACUCAUUCUACCCACGAAAUACCCCCUUUUUUAAGAGCUAUUUUCGUCUGUUUCUCGAUUCUCCAGCUUUAUUCUCAUUCUCUUCUUCCACUUGUCCUUCUCAUUAUUGUCUUUCGCGUCUGUAUUUAUCCGUAAAUUACAACGAAGGCGAUUUUUAUAACGAUUUUUUUUUUUUUUGCUCUCUCUCUCUCUCUCCCUCCAAAGUGACAUACAACGAAUUUGAUUUUAUUUGAUCUCUCUGUCUCUUCUCCUUUAUUGUUUCUCAUUAUCUCCUUUCUUUUUCUCUUCUUCUGUCAUUUUCCUCUCUCUCUUUCUCUCUGUGAAAAAUGGAUUUGAAGAAAUUAGCAGGUCAGGCAGGCCAGUUCCUCACCAGGGCUGUUCAGUAUACUGAAGAAAAGUUGGGCAGUGCUGAGAAGACAGAACUAGAUGGCCACUUUGAGUCCCUGUCGAUACAGUCGGACUCAGCGCGGAUAUGGACCGAGAAGCUGGUGGCAGGAGCAGAGGCAGUGCUUAUCCCCAACCCGGGAAACCGUGUUGAAGACAUGCUUUUUGAGAAAAUAGAGAAGCGCCGUCCAAACAGACUCAGCAACCUCGAGUACCUUGGCCUGGAUAUGGUUCAGGCGGGCAAUGAAUUUGGCCCCGGGACAGCCUAUGGCUCAGCGCUCCUGAGAGUAGGAGGAGCCGAGCAGCGUCUGGGCCUCAUUGAAAGGGAGUUCAUUAGCAAUGCCGUCCAAGGCUAUGUGCAGCCUAUGAGGAAGUUCCUUGACACGGAGAUGAAAACCAUAAUGCGUGAGAAAAGGCUGUUGGAGACCAAGAGACUUGACUUAGAUGCUUGCAAAAGUCGCCUCAGAAAAGCUCGGUCAAUGGAUGGGCAGUCAGCAGCGGAGGCAGACUUGAGAAAGGCCCAGGCGGACUUUGACAGGCAGGCCGAAAUCACAAAACUCCUGCUGGAAGGGGUCAGAUCUUCGCAAGCCGCCCACCUGCGCCACCUGAACGAAUUAGUUGAGGCGCAGGUGCGGUAUUAUGAAGAAUCCCAAAAAGUGAUGGUUGAACUGCAGAAGGAAAUGGCCAGCCUCUCCCUGAUACCCGAUGCCACUGUUGGUUCUGCCGUUGUCCCUCCCACCACAUCAACAGCGACUAGCAAUGCUUCGGCUCCCACACUUACGACAUCUGGCACAACCGUUGGUGUGGACGGAGAAGCUAAGAGCGUUGACGAUGGAGGCCCUUGGAGACGAGCCAAGGUUGUGUGUGACUAUGAUGCCACCAGCAAGGAUGAAAUGAGUCUUAUGAUGAAUGAGGUGGUCAUGUACAGCAGCAAGGACGGAGAAAUGGCCGACUUCGUAAUGGCAAAGCGUGGAACCCAAACCGGCCGCGUUCCCAGUGCUUACCUCGAGCCCAUGGAUGACUGAGAAUUAACCACAGUUGAACUCUGUUAAUUCCCUUUCAACAGACCAUGAGCAAAUGGCGGCGUUUAUAACAUAGGUCUUCGCUAAUUGAAAUACUGAGUUAGGGGAUUUAAGUUAUUUGCCUGCUUGCUUGCUUGUUUAUUUGAGGAAGUUGGUUAACAGAGUUUGACUGAGGUUUUCCAAAGGUUUCCCUGAUACCACAUCAUUUCUCUUUAUGCUGUAAGAAAUCAUGCAUGUGAUUAUCUUUACUGUUUAUAUAACAAUCUUAAUCACUUCAUAUAUUUCUUAAUAUGACUGUCUUUCAUUACUUUAUCUUUGUCUUAUUCAUAAUCUCCUUGUGGUGCUUUGGUGCUGUCAGGAUGUGAUGUUUCUUUCAUGUAUUACACAUAAUUAUAAGGGAAGGAAAGAUACAAGAUUUUGUACCUGUAUUAAUAGUAGCAGUAAUGAAUUUUUCAUCCUUUUGGCUGGGUUUAGAUUUUUUAUGUAUUUUUUUAGUGUGUGUUUUGAAGUCUUGCUUUGAGAAUUGAAUGUAGUUUAGUUUAAUUCACCCUUUUUUAUAUAUGAACAUUUCCAAAGGAUGCCAGGUAGCAGAGAGAAAUUGGAGUAAAAGGCAUUUAGAUGGCUGAGUGCUAGAGAUUUAUCUUGUAAAUAGAUAGCGUAGAUAGCCUAGUCACUGGGGGGAAAUGUAUAUCAUCCUGUCUUUUACUACUACUUUAUUUCUUGAUUCUGGUUUGUUUGGUUGAGUUAUAAGUUCCUAGGUUGUCUGUUACUCUUUACUUGUCAUAUAUUUAACACAAGGACAAAAUCAAACAGCGCAUACCCUCCCUGAAAUAAUGUCUUAAAUACAAUCUUCAUACAAGUGUAUAAUAGAAGUGGAAGAGGAUAUUUUUCCUCUUUUUUUUUUCAAUAUUUUUAGUGACGUUCAUGGUUUAGAGUGAAGAGCACUGAAAGUCUCAGUACACCUUCAGGUAAACAUCUAUAAAGUAUCUGUUAAUAAUAAUGAUUUCAGAAGUACUUGUGAAAGAUAGAAGUUGGAAUGAGAUUUGAGCUUUAUUAUUUGUUAUUAUUUUUUUUGCAAUGUCCUGGUCUUUCUCCUUCACUUUUUUUUUCUUAGGAUAUUGUAUCACUUAAUCUGCUGAUGCUGGGGAAGGCAUAUAUAGAUGCCGUGUCUGCUCUGAUUUUAGCUUAUUAAUUUUCUUGACUCAUAGAUGGCUUAACAAGUGCUUAGUCAUCAAGGAAUCAAUUACUAUGCCUACCUGAUCUUACCUGUUUACCUAAUUUCCCCAAAUUUUUGGAAAGAAGUUUUUAAACAUAUUAUUUAGUUAAUAAUGUUAUUGUAAUAAUAAUAAUGUCAGUAAUGAGGGUAAUAGUAAUAGAACAAAACUACUUUUCCUGACGAUUCAAAGAAUGGGGUAAACCAAAGAGUUUACAUAGGCCUUAUAAUUAAUAUCUUUCUGACUUGGUGCUUGUGAAGCCACUUGUGUUUAAACAAAACUGACAAAACACAACUGGUCAGUGCACAUACCUGGUACCAGUAGAUUAAUACAAAUAGUAUAACUUGGGAUUAAAGAAAUUUUAGCUCAAGAGACUAGGAACUGUUGUUAAUGCUGGGAAAUGUUUAGAGAAAAAAAAAUAUUGUUAGUACUUAUUAUACUUUUUCUUAGAAAAUUUAUAUUUCACAGUUGUUGAAUGUAGUGUUUUUGUUUGUUAAUUUUUUUUCAAGGUUUAGAAAAAUUAAGAAUUAGAAAAAAGAACACUUGAGUAAAGGAACAGUAGUGAAUGUAUAUCAUAUAUAUAUACACACAUUAAAAUAGAAAACACAACACAACACACACACACACACACACACACACACACACACACACACACACACACACACACACACACACACACACACACACACACACACACACACACACACACACACACACACACUUUUUUUUUUUUUUUUUUUUUUUUAGUAUUUCCAUGGACCACUUCCAUAUUAUGGAAAUCAUAGAUAAGACAGUUAUUCAUUAUCACUUAAGAUAAAUAAUAUUGAUCUAGCUGAUGUGAUACUGAGUGAUAAGUGAACUCUUCAUAGCCAUAAAUUUACACAGCAUAAUGAGUCUAAAAAUAUUUCAUGUUCAUUGGGUUUUUCUGAGGAGGCCCUUUGAUUAAAUGUUAGUGAACUUGAAAUCAUCACCAAAAGUUAGUUCGAAAUGGUAGAGUAAAAGUGCAUCCUCUUUGUAGAGUCUAGUACAACUUAUAGUAAAUGCCAGUUCAUGUGCAAUUAUACAGUAUUCUUUACACUGCUGUCUGCAAUUGACUUUGUGCUUGUGGCUGCCUAAGAUGAACGACAUUGAGUGAAAAUGAACAAUGAAUGAAGAUGAACAAAGAACACGUAGAAAGUGCUUUAGGUUUUAUGAUAUAAUUAGAUAUUACACAACCUUAUAGUGUUCCAUACUCGUAGUAUUCACAUGAAAAAAAAAAUUAUCGUAGAAAUAGGAAGUACAUACAAACUUUGAUCUAGUUUUUUGUGCCUUAAAAUGGAAAAUGAAUUAGCAGUAUUUACUUUGACAAUAGCAUUUUUCCUUUUUUUAUGGACGAGACAACUUGUAGUAAAUAUACACAGCAUUUGCUUACAGGCAUCGAGUGAUUAAAUAUAGACUUAUCUUUCCACACUGUGUGUAUAUAAUCUAUAAAUACCUACACAAGAUAUUAGAGAUUAUAGAUAUUAGUGAGCUUUCGUUAAACAGGUCGAAACAUGUGGUAACAAUUCUAUUUAUUAUUAUUUUGUGUCUGUUAUAUUUUUUUGUCUUCUGUUACUCUUGGUUUCUGUAUGUGUGGUAUUGAGAGUAUUAUUUCUUUAUUUUUUUCCUUUAUCUUUGAUUUCUUUGCGAGUAGUUGUAUUUUCUGUGUUUGUGUAUUUAAAGAGACUAUGUGAUGUGUUUAUAUGGUUGUGUAGGCAAGAAUGUUAUUAUUAUUAUUUUCCAUCAAACAGUUAAUAUUUUUUAAGUUUUGAUGUGGCAAGAAACUAGCCUAUUAUGUAGCAUAAUAACUGUGAGAUCUGAUGUAAUGAACUUAUUUUUUGAAAAAGUUUUUGAAAUUAUAAUACUUGAUGUCACUAGGAUAAUCAGUCAAUGCUUCCAAAAUAAUGUUAUCUUAAGAAGCUUAGGCUAAGGCAAGUAUUUUUAUGUAAAAAAAAAAAAAAAAUCAAUUCAAUGAAACAGCAUUUCUCAAAUACCUGUUUAAGAAAAUCUAAGGUUACUUUUCUAGAGUCUUUUGUAAGUAAUAGGAACUUCAUUUCAUCAUUGUCUUACAUAAUAAAUCAAAUUGUUAAAUGUUUUUUUUUCUCAUAUGUCUCUUGAUUCUGAAAGAUAAAGUUUAUUUUCCUGUUUUUUUUUUCCUCUUGGUGAAUUAAUGUGAAUAAUUACAUAGCUGAAGAGGAAUAUCUUUUUUUAUUAAUUUUGUGCAAAAUGAAAAAUUUGAUUUAGUUGUUAUUAGAAUUUUGAGGAUAUGGAAGCCAUUUAAUAUCUUUCUAAAAGAAAUUUCGCUAGUUGAGGACAUGCAGACAUACACAGACAGAGACAUACACAGAUGCACACACCUGCACACACACACGCCUGCACACACAUACCUGCACUCACAUACCCGCACACACAUACCCACACACACAUACCUGCACACACAUACCUACACACAUAUACCUGCACACACACACACACACACAAAGGUAUUUGCUUUAUGUAAAUGCAUGUUCAUGUAAAAUAUUCCACAAGGACCUUCAACUCAAUGCAAUAAAUCCUUUAGUGCUAAGAAAAGGCAAAACUGUUUAGUCAUACUUUGUCAGAAUCUUAUUGUUAGAUGUAUUUCUGCACUUUGAUAAUUACUUGUAAAUUUACCCUUUUAACUGUUUACAUAUACUUCUAUAAUCACUUCUAUACUUUUGAAACAUUGUUAAUGUUAUUACAAUGCCCACUAUAAGAGCAAUCACUACUUUCUGCUAGAGUAGCAGUUGCAAGGAGCAUUACUUAUCAAUAUAUUACUGAUAUGCAU